CUUCGCCUCUUUGUUUUCUUCAUGGCAGCCAUAGCUCACACUAUCUCUCUACAGCCAUACUUGCAUGGCUUGCCAUUUCUUCUAUUUAAAACCUCUUCGCCAUGAUCUCUCCCCCUCCUUCUUCUCUCCGACUGCUAUUCUUUUCCUCCUUUCCUUCAAAACUUCUUUCCAUUCCCCCUUCUUCUUCUCUUUCUUUCCUGCUUUCUCUGCCGCCCGCUCAUCAACAAGCUCCCCAUGGCGGCAAGGUGCUCGAGAAAAUUACCAAAAGAGGGCCUUUCAGCGCGAAGAGCUUCGCACUCGACAAAAAAGUUGGCUAUCCGCCUGCAAAUAUGGGUUCUAAAGGAGGCAGAGAGAUGCUUCUUGAUGGAUUUUCGUCCAUGAGGUUGGGGAAUGAGGAAGGGGAUGAAGGAUUGAAGAAAUCUGUUAACAGGGACAACGAAAUGAAGAAGGAGAAGAAGAGUCAUAAAGGAGAGCUCAGUCCAGAAGAACUUGAGUUUAGGAUUGGGUUGGAUAUGUGCUCCAAGGCUGGGGAUGCAUUGGGAGCCAUCUCUCUGUAUGACAAAGUCAUUAGAAAAGGUUUAAGGUUGCAGCAGUAUCACUAUAAUGUGCUGUUGUACCUUUGCUCCUCCGCGGCGAUUGGUUUUGUUUACCCCGCAAAGAGUGGAACAGUUAAAAGUGGUGGUUUUAGUUCUGGCGAAGAGGCUUCAGACGAUGAUUCAAAGUUGCAAAAUUUAAGCAUGCAGAAACAUUUUGGAAGCUUGAAGAUGCCAAAGUUGCAAUCUUUAGUGAGUUAUUCCGAAGAUUGUGGACCAGAGUCUUGUGAUAAUCAAAUCCUUGAAGUUAUGGAGACGAGAACUAUUGGGGCGCCUCUUAUAUUAAGUGAUGAUCAGAGAACAUAUGCAAGAAGAAGGGGGUUUGAGAUAUAUGAGAAGAUGCGCUUGGAGAAGGUUCUAAUGAGUGAAGCAGCUAUGACAUCAGUUGCUCGAAUGGCCAUGUCCAUGGGGGAUGGAGACAUGGCAUUUGAUACUGUAAAACAGAUGAAGGAGAUGAAUAUAACUCCGAGGCUUCGCUCAUAUAGUCCUGCAAUCCUUGCUUUCUCCAGUAAUGGAAGCCUUGAGAAAGCAUGUGAAGUAGAGAGACACAUGGUUGAAUCAGGGAUCACACCUGAAGAGCCUGAAUUGGCUGCUCUUCUUAGAGCCAGUGUGGAAGCUGGAAGAGCAGAGAAGGUUUAUUACUUGCUUCAUAAGCUUAGAAGUACUGUUAGGCAGGUUUCUCCAUCUACAGCUGAUAUAAUUGAUGCCUGGUUUAAGAGUUCGACUGCUUCUAGAGUUGGAAAGAGGAAAUGGGACAAGAUGGCUAUAAAACAAGCUGUGGAGAAUAGUGGUGGGGGAUGGCAUGGCAUGGGCUGGUUGGGCAAGGGAAAAUGGGCGGUUAUGAAAAGCCAUGUUGAUGGUGAAGGUGUUUGUUCGGUUUGUGGAGAGAAGUUGGCUACUAUUGAUCUGGAUCCUGUUGAAACUGAAAAUUUUGCCAAGUCUGUAGCAUCUAUAGCAAUCAAGAGGGAUAGGAACUCAUACUUCGAGAAAUUCCAAAAAUGGUUGGAGUACUAUGGUCCUUUUGAAGCUGUUAUUGAUGCUGCAAAUGUUGGCCUUUUCAAGCAGCGGAGAUUUUCUAUAAAUAAGGUAAAUGCUGUUGCUAAUGGCAUAAGGCAAAAACUCCCAUUAAAGAAGUGGCCUCUUAUCUUAGUGCAUAACAAACGCCUCUUUGGAGGGAAGAUGAAUGAACCACUCAAUAAGAAGCUUGUAGAGAAAUGGAAAAAUGCUGAUGCUAUUUAUGCAACUCCUACAGGAUCAAAUGAUGACUGGUACUGGUUAUAUGCAGCUAUAAAAUGCAGAAGCUUGGUUGUCACCAAUGAUGAGAUGAGAGACCAUGCUUUCGAGGUUUUAGGAAAUGAUUUCUUCCCCAAAUGGAAAGAAAGGCAUCAGGUUCGUUUCAAGCAUGAAGAUGGAAAUUUUCAGUAUGUAAUGCCACCUCCAUGCUCUGUUGUCAUUCAGGAAUCAGAGAGAGGCCACUGGCACAUUCCUAUAGCAGAAUGUGAGCAAGGAUCAAGCAGAACCUGGAUGUGUGUAACAAGGGCCAGCACAAGCAUGAUAGGAUCAGCUUCACCAACUAAUUCAGAAGAUGAAAAAGUUGCAGAGCCAUGGAGGUCUGCAUCUGAUAAUUACCAUACAGAACUCAGCAGCAAUCCUUCCAAGCUUCCACAGAACAAAAUUAAGAAAGAAUCUCAGAUUCUUGCAGCUUCCAUUCAAUCUCCAAAGAAUCAAAUAAUGUCUGCUAUUGAAGCUGCAGAGAAGAUUGCAGGCUGUGUUAUUGAUUUCCAAAUCUAGCAGGACCAUAAUGUAAAUGUACAGGAACAAUUAUAACUUGCUUAGGGGAGAUUAUGUGAGGAAAAUAAUUUGGACAGAAUUCUAUUAUUGCAGAUUCAAUUUUCAGGGUUUUUUUGCUUCCUGGUGAUUGUUCACAGUGAAGCAUGAUUAUGUAACUUGAAACUUUACUGUUUUGUUACAGGUAGUCAAUGUAAGUGGGGGCAUUUACAUAUUUACCACAAAGCUCUUUAUGUAUUUAUACAUU